AUGAAAGACCCGCAGGACACACCAAUCCUUUCCUUUUCGUCAUGGUCGUCGACGCGUCUUCUCAGCCUGGGCCGCACUGCGCUCUUGGUCCUUACCUCGGCGUACCUGGUCCAAUUGGCUCUCUCUCCCAAGGCUGCCUAUCUCGUCUCUAACGUCAGGAACCUGCACAACCCCAUUCAAUACCACGGCACCGACAUCUCGACAGCCUUUUUCGAGGGCUGGUACUUCAAGAUGGUCAAGCAAGGCAAGACAAAGGACGACCCCAUCCAAUCCAUGGCCAUCAUCCCGGGAAUUCAUCGCCCCAGUCCUGAUAAUACCGACGAGGAACACGCCUUUGUCAUAGUCGUCGGUAUCCCUGGACCCGAACCUGCUGCCUACUUUCGUUUCCCUGUCAGUGAAUUCACGGACCUGCGUGGGAAUACUCAAGGCGGUGACAACAACAACAAUAACAAGGGGGCAUUCAAGGUUCAAAUCGGGAACAGCUUCUUUUCACACGAUGAACUCAUCCUCAACCUCCCCGCCAAUCGGUUCGAUCGCGUCCCCGCCCGCGAACUUGAGGAAUUCUACACCGAGGCUAGCCGCCAGUACGAAGUGCAACUCAGGAAGACCAACAGCACCGCUUCUUCAAUUGACAACCACGACUACUUUCGACGACUCUUUCCAAGCGCAGACACAUUGACCGAGGCAGAGACCCAGAACCCCAUUGCUGUCCACGGACACUUUCAAUUCCCCUCCUCGACACAGAUACCUUUGCCCACAUCACGAUGGAGGCCCUCUAUCAUGGGCAUUACUGCCUAUCUACCUUUCUUGGAAUGCAACCACGGCGUUGCGUCUUUGCACCAUACUAUCAGCAAAGGUCAUCUUGUCGCUCACCGCGGUGACAAUGAGGUCCUGGGUGAGGCCAAGUUUGAUGGCGGUGUGGGCUACAUUGAGAAGGACUGGGGCGUUAACUUUCCUUCGACAUGGGUCUGGGCCCAAGCCAACAUGUUUGACACUACUCCAGGCUCCUCCUUGAUGAUUUCGGUGGCAUCUAUCCCCGUUUUGGGACCAGAUUUUAGCGACUGGAUCACAAGCAAUAUACCCAUUCUAUCACCAUUCACCAAUGUCCCGGGACGUCUCGUUAUUUUCUACCACGCUGCGACAAAAACUCUGUACAACUUUUCCAGCUACGUCUUUUUAGCACGCGCCAAGUCACUCAGGACCUCGAUAGACAUCGAGCGAGGCACCCAGACAUUCUCGUUUAUGGCGACCACCAAGGACCCCAACAACCCAAAGGAAACAAUUGCUCUCCAGGUGAAUGUCACUCGCGAGAUCGGAACAGGUGUGCCGUUGCGAGCACCGAGUCGUGUCAAGGGCAGGAUGUUUAGUGGGGUCGAGGAGGCGGUUGUGGCCACGACGGAUGUUAGGUUGUGGCGUGUCGAGUCGGGAGAGGUGCUUGUUGAGGACCAGUCUCUAGGAAGUGGACUUGAGGUUGUAGGCGACAUUGCCUGGCUCGAGGCGCACAUCAAUCAUUAG